AUGAAUAGAAUCCUUGGUUAUGGUAACAAGAAAUCCCAUGAGCAAAUGUUACAGGAGUCCGGAAGGGCUAUGGAUCAAGCUCAACAAGGUUUACAACAACGAGUCUCCAAUUUGGACACUCAGAUAUCCCAGCUAAGUUUCCAAUUGCAAACUUUGCAAAGAAAGAUUUCAACAUCAAGGUCUGCUGCUGGCCAGAGACCGUUGAGACAACAAGCAUUAAAGCUGUUGAACAAAAGGAAGCAAUUAGAACAGAUGAGGGAUCAAUUGGAUUCGCAAUCAUGGUCAAUGUCUCAAGCACAAAUGACUAGCGACAAUCUUAAAAAUACAAUGGUUACCGUUAACGCUCUAAAGACUACGAAUAAAGCCUUGAAGGCUCAGUACGGUAAGAUUAAUGUGGAUAAACUACAAGAUAUGCAAGAUGAAAUGGCGGAUCUAAUUGAACAGGGUGAUGAAUUGCAGCAAGUGUUAGCAUCCAAUUCUUUAGCUUAUGAUGCCGAAGAUGUGGAUGAAGAUGAGUUAGAUGCAGAAUUAGACGCGCUAGCAGAUGAAGAUCUCACCUCUGGCAUAGAAGGUUCAGGUCUUGAAGUUCCUUCGUACUUGUCAGGAACAGCACCACAAUUUGUGGAUGAAGAGCCAGAUUCAGAACCUGCGAAAGCAUUGGAAAGUGCCCAAUGA